UACGCUGGCAAAAUACGCUAUUACCCGAGCGUUAACUGGAGUGGAUAUCUCUUCCAUUCUCAAUUCUCACAUACAUACAUGCCGUUUGUAAUAAAUUCCCAUACAUUCACACAUAAACAAUGGCAGAUGAUAUCGCUCGUCGUAGAGAAAUCCGUAGACGAAAAAUUCUUGAAAGUUCAGAAGCAAGAAUAAAAAAGAUCUUUAAUGUUAAUACGAAUGAGACUUUAGAAAAAGACCCACUAAGACAUGAAGAUAGUGUUGCUAGUAAUAGGAAUUAUGGUGAAAUAAAUCAAAGAAAUUCCAGUCUUGAAGAUGAUGACUUUCCAGUUGGUGAUUAUGAAUUUGCUUCUAGAGAAAAGCAUACCACUGAAAAUCAAUCUAGUAAAUGCACAAAUAGACUACUAAUUUGUGACUCUCAGUCUUCAUCUUCUGCAAAUGGAGACUUCUCUAGCUCAUCUUCUUUUGAAAAUUACAUCUUUCCUAAAAAAGUAUCUGCUGCUGAAACAAGAUCAUUCGGUAGAACUAGGUCAGAUGUUCGACGUAACAGUAGUUGCACUCAAAUAAUGAUGGAAACAUUGCAGUUUUCUUCUUUCUCUUUGAAACUGUUGCGUGUAUGGCUAGCUGUAGUUGCAGCUUUUGUUGUGAAAGCAUACUUCUUAUUGUCAAAGAAUGUGCCAGUUUUCAAAACCAUAUUCAUUCCAUAUGUGAUGCUGGAGAUAGCAUUUUACUCAUGGUCAAAGUUUGAACCUCAGCUGUGCUCAAGACCUUUGGCUUCUUCUAUUAUUUCUGGAGUACUGCUUAUUUGUGGAUUACCAUCAACUGCUGUGUCUUCAUUUAACUCAGCGUGGAAUAGUUGUCAAAGUUUAAUCAUUGACUUAUGUGUCUAUCUAUUUUCAUUUGUAAUUUUUCAUCUUGUUUUUGAAACAUGUAUGUAAAUUAUUAUGAAAUCCAACUGUGUGUUGUCAAAUAAAUUUUGUAUAUCAAUAUUUUC